ACAUCCUAGGCUCAGGGGCGGACUGACCAUUUGGAAACUCGGGCACUGCCCGAGGGCCCGGGGUCAGUAGGGGGCCCCAUGAGAUGCCCCUGGUACCUUUUUCAUAGGCUUUUUUGAGUUUGGGCAAGGACACAGGGGCCCCAUGAUCCCCUAUUGCCCAGGGGCCCCAUCAGUUGUCAGUCUGCCCCUGGUCAGGAGUAUGGUAUGGGGUGCCAUGUACUUCCCCACCCAGGUUGGAGAGGAUUGUAUGGUAAAUAACUACACAGAA